UGCUAGAUGACUCGGUGCUCGCGGUCGUGCCAGAUGACUCGGUGCCCGCUGACUUGCCCGAUGACUCGGUGCCCGCUGUCGAGCUUGGUGACCCGGUGCCCGCUGUUCUGCCAGUUGACUCGGUGCCCGCUGUUCUGCCUGGUGACUCGGUGCCCGCUGUCGAGCAUGAUGACUCGGUGCCCGCUGUCCUGCCAGAUGACUCGGUGCCCGCUGUCCUGCCAGAUGACUCGGUGCCCGCUGUCGUGCCAGAUGACUCGGUGCCCGCUGUCGUGCCAGAUGACUCGGUGCCCGCUGUCGUGCCAG